AGAGCGAAUAUGACUUUCUCGUAGAUUCGAACUCUAGUGAGCACCUUCCCCGUGAUCAUCGGUUUCCUCGAAGAGCUCGGCACCGCAGCUUCGAGUUUCGCUCCGAGGCGUCGAGUCGUGAGCCGUGUUCGAGUGCUCUACUUUCGAGCGGCGGCCGCUCUCGACUCAAACAAAGCAAUUGACAUCAAGGUAACCUUCUGCUCACCAUGAAUCAGACAACUUCAACUUCGAGUCUGGAGUACCGGGCUUUGCCCAACCGUGAACCCUCGAGGGGCUCGUACCGAUGGUUUGCGAUUCUCUGUGUGAUUGCCUUACUCACUGCGUCUCUUCACGAGAACGUUCAGAUACACCAAGUGUCUCAUGAUCCAAACUUCGAAUUCCUUCUGUUUAGUCAGCAAACAUCCAGUGGAUAUUGUCUCGCUCACGGUCAUUGCAAGAAGUCGCAGCUCCGGCCAUUCUUCACAAUCCACGGUCUCUGGCCGAGUAACGCGACAACGUGGCCGGAGAGCUGUAACCUCACGGUCAAGUUCGACAUCAAAGUAUUGGACCCUAUCCGGUCCGAUUUGAAUAAAUAUUGGCCGUCGGUAAUCGGGGUGAACCCCGAGUAUUUCUGGAGCCACGAGUGGCACAAACAUGGCAGCUGCGCGAUGUCGAAUCCGCCCUUAUCCGGGGUGCUGGAUUACUUUAACGGCACACUGAAUCUCUUGAGGACAUACAACGUGAGCAAUUUCUUCCUGGACAGCGAAAUCAAGCCGUCCGAAACAACCGCGUACAAAGUGAGCGACGUAUUGAAGGCAUUGAAAACGGAUCUCACGACAAACGCUAAUAUUGUCUGUCGCAAGGCCGAGGGCUACUCUUACCCAGUUCUCACCGAAGUCCGUUUCUGCUUGUCAAAAAAAACGCUCGAACCGAUCGACUGUAAAAUCAAGCAUGAAAAUUGCGGUGACGACAGCAUUUUCUACAUUCCCAUCGAGAGCGUUCACAAUCCCAGAGUGCAGGGACUCUCCCGCUUGGUCGUCAAUGUUUUCUCGUUCUACUUCAAAUAUAUGUCGCCCGUUUAACGCCAUGGGGUGCGGACGAAAUUGUUUUCGAAUCUCUUAGCGCUCUCGUGUCCUAGCUGACGGAGGGUGAUGAUGAGUGCCUUCGCUGGAAUUGAGUGCCUGCGUUUUGAUGACAGUGAUGAUCGGUAGGUAAACAUCUAGCGUUAGCCCUAGGUAAGAAUGCUGUGCAAAUAAACUUAUUC